CUUAUUUGCAAUUCCUUGUGGCUUUAUGCAGCUGUUUCUACCGGUGUUGUUGACUGAUAUUGAACAUUGGUAUUGUGUUGUUGUCAACUUGGUGGAUAAGCGGAUUGAAGUUCUUGACUCAAUGGUGUUAAAAACUACCGAUAAGAAGGUAGCUAUUGUUACAGUGGUUGGGAUGUUGUUCAACGUAUUGAGUCGGACUCGGACAAGGCAACUACAUACCCCAUGGAUUGACUGGGAUGUGCAUGAACCAGAAGUCCCACAGCAAUCGAACACGCACGAUUGUGGAUUUUAUACUUUAAAGUUCAUGGAGCACUGGACGGGGGGCCGGAUGAAUACACGAGAACUUGAGGAUCAUGUGGGAGCUGAUGCUAUUGAUGUGCGCAAGAGGCUGCUAGUACGGUUGCUGUUAAGCCCGCACAAUCAGUUGUGAGAUGUGGUUCUUACAAAAUUGGUGAGGUGAACUGAAUUUGGUG